GGUCCUCGCCCGACAUUCCCCAUCUCAAUACAUUCAUCUCUCGACUAAUCACCCAGACUGUUCGCAUAGCUCUUAUCAGCACAGGCAGCCAACUUCACACGGGCUAAACGGCGCAGUUGAACCCACUCUCCUGCAGCCUCGCAGUGGAAUGACACAAUGCAAUUGUCUAAAAAUGCCGCACGCAGUGGAUGAUGUUAUUUCCUCUCAACUCCCCCACAAGGACGGUUUCCCACGUUCCGCGACGAGUCGGAUGCGGAUUUGACGUGCAUAUUCAUUCCAUUGUAGGCUAUUCCAGUGGAUCUGCGAGAGAAUUUUUCAACAGCGGUGUGAUGUUCCUGCAUCGGUGGUCGAUCGCUAACACGCGAUUUUGUCAUUCCUUAUAUAACGGAGGGGCAACUAGAGAUGGAGCGAUACGUGCGACUUCCACCGGCCUUUCGACAAGGCACUUCAGUGUAGCCUUGCGCUGUGCCUCCCUACAAAGCUCAUCAUGGUUGUUCUUCCAGAGCGAGGGGCAAUCGUAUAGGGACUGGGCAACACGCCCUCGCUUUGGGAAGCUACAAAGUACAGCCCAGAAAGUGAUUACCACCAGGAGCAUGUCUCACGACUCAGCUGGAAAAUCGCAAACUACGGAUUCAAGACACGGAAAACGACAUAGACAACAGUAACCAAAGAGUGAGAAGUUCCUUUAUUGAAUUCUAUAUCACCUAUUAACCACAUCUCUCCAAUAUAAUGCGAGGCUGAAAGUUUCUAAACAUCCACGAGU